UGUUGGAGCUCAUCGUGAUUAUAAACUGUAAUGAAAGUGAAAGUCAGCAGCUCCAUUUUGUGACGAGUGAAAACUAAAAGAUGUCAGGAGUAAAAACACAGGUUUAAUUUAACACACGGAUGUUGGAGUGAAGAAAACGUGUGUCCUGCUGUAAUCUGGAGAAGGAGACAUGACCUCCAACAUGAGUGUGUCUGGAAAACAGGACUUAAAGAAAGACGAGAGAAUGAUGAAGAGAAAGAGAUCAGACUCCCCAGAACCCAGCUGUGUGUCCAUGAAGAGUGACCGGUCAAUAGAAUGUCCAUACAACUUCAGAGACAGAGACAGUUCUACUGAUGUGAGAAUGAUGCAGGGAAAGAGAUCAGACUCACCAGAACCCAGCUGUGUGUCCAUGAAGAGUGACCGGUCAAUAGAAUGUCCAUACAACUUCAGAGACAGAGACAGUUCUACUGAUGUGAGACGACAAAAGAAGAAAUCAAACAGCAGCAGAAAUCAGCUGGACUCCAUAUUCAAGGAGCUGGAACACAAAGUCAUCACUCUGAUAAAGAAAGAGCUGAAGAUGUUUAGGAAGCUCCUGAGUCCAGAUUACCCAGCAUGCACUGAGAGGGAGGUGGAGGAUGAGGAGGAUCUUCACAGUGUCAGAGAGGGAGCACUGAAGAUCACACUGCACGUCCUGAAGAACAUGAACCACACAGAUCUCGCUAACACACUGCACAACAAACUCGACUCUUUCUAUCAGACAAAGUUGAAGUCCAAGCUGAGAGAGAAGUUUAAAAGAAUUAAUGAAGGAAUCUCACAGCAUGGAAGCUCAGCACUUCUGAAUGAGAUCUACACAGAGCUCUACAUCACAGAGGGAUGGAAUGAAGACGUCAAUAAUGAACAUGAGGUGAGACAGAUUGAGACAGCGUCCAGGAGACCAGCAACACAGGAGAAACCCAUCAAAUGUAAUGAUCUCUUUAAAGACAAGUCCAUCAGAACUGUGCUGAGUAAAGGAGUUGCUGGAAUUGGAAAAACAGUCUCUGUGCAGAAGUUCAUUCUGGACUGGGCUGAAGGAGAAGCAAAUCAGGACGUCACCUUCAUGUUUCCACUUCCCUUUAGAGAGCUGAAUCUGAUGAAGCAGAAAAAUCUCAGUCUGAUGAAACUUCUUCAUCACUUUUUCCCUGAAAUGAGAAAACUCGAAUCAAUAGACUGUGACUCCUACAAAGUUUUGUUCAUCUUUGAUGGUCUGGACGAGUGUCGACUUCCUCUAAAUUUCCAGAAGAAUGAGAUAUUGUGUGAUGUGACAGAGUCAGCCUCAGUGGAUGUGCUUCUGACGAACCUCAUCAAGGGGAAUCUGCUUCCCUCUGCUCUCCUCUGGAUAACCACAAGACCAGGAGCAGCCAAUCAGAUCCCUCCUGAGUGUGUAGACCAGGUAACAGAGGUACGAGGCUUCAGUGAUCCUCAGAAAGAGGAGUACUUCAGGAAGAGGAUCAGUGAUCAGAGCCUGGCCAAUAAAAUCAUCACACACCUGAAGUCUUCAAGAAGCCUCUACAUCAUGUGCCACAUCCCAGUCUUCUGCUGGAUCUCAGCUACUGUUCUAGAGGGAAUGUUGUGUGAAGCAGAGGGUGGAGAGAUCCCCAAGACUCUGACUCAAAUGUUCACACACUUCCUGAUCUUUCAGAUCAAACACAAGGACCAAAAGUACCAUCAGAAAUGUGACCCUGAUCCUCAGCAGACCAGAGAGAGUAUCAUGGCACUGGGAAAACUGGCUUUCCACCAGCUGGAGAAAGGAAACCUGAUCUUCUAUGAGGAAGACCCGAGAGAGUGUGGCAUUGAUGUCAGAGAAGUGUCAGUGUACUCAGGAGUGUGUACCCAGAUCUUCAGAGAGGAGUUUGGGGUUCACCUGGGGAAGGUGUUCAGCUUCGUACAUCUGAGUGUUCAGGAGUUUCUGGCUGCUUUAUACAUGUUUCUCUCCUUCAUCAGAAGAAAUGUAACAGGUCAUCAAACCUCUGAUCUUUCUGAUCUUUUCAGGAAGUCAAACAUGUCUGAUCUCCUCAGGAGUUUAGUAGACAAGGCCUUACAGAGUGAGAAUGGACACCUGGACCUUUUCCUGCGCUUCUUUCUGGGUCUCUCACUGGAGUCCAAUCAGACUCUCUUACAAGGUUUAAUGCCACAGACAGGAAGCAGAUCUCACAGCAAACAGGAAACAGUGGAGUACAUCAAGGAGAAAAUCAGGGAGAAUCCAUCUCCAGAGAAAUCCAUCAAUCUGUUCCACUGUCUGAAUGAACUGAAUGAUCAUUCACUAGUGCAGGAAGUACAAACUUACCUGAACAGUGGAGGUGUCUGGGGUCUCAGUGGAAUCAGACUCUCUCCUGCUCAGUGGUCAGCUCUGGUGUUUGUGUUACUGAACUCAGAACAGAAGCUGGAUGUGUUUAAUUUGAGGAAUUAUGAUCGAUCAGAUGAAUGUCUUCUGAGGCUGCUGCCAGUGGUCAAAGCCACCAGAAAAGCUGUUCUGGGUGACUGUAAUCUGACAGAGGAAAGCUGUAGAGUUCUGUCCUCAGUUCUCAGCUCAAACUCCUCCAGUCUGAGAGAACUGAACCUGAGUCACAAUAAACUGCAGGAUUCAGGAGUGAAGCUGCUCUCUGAUGGACUGAAGAAUCCACAAUGUACACUGGAGAAACUGAGUCUGUGGGGGUGUGAUCUGACAGAGGAAAGCUGUAGAGUUCUGUCCUCAGUUCUCAGCUCAAACUCCUCCAGUCUGAGAGAACUGAACCUGGGUGUCAAUAAACUGCAGGAUUCAGGAGUGAAGCUGCUCUCUGAUGGACUGAAGAAUCCACACUGCACACUGGAGAUACUGAGGCUGUGGAAGUGUAAUCUGACAGAGGAAAGCUGUAGAGUUCUGUCCUCAGUUCUCAGCUCAAACUCCUCCAGUCUGAGAAAACUGAACCUGAGUCGCAAUAAACUGCAGGAUUCAGGAGUGAAGCUGCUCUCUAAUGGACUGAAGAAUCCACACUGUACACUGGAGAUACUGUGGAUGGAGGACUGCAGUAUUACAGAUAAAGGUUGUGCUGCUCUGGCUUCAGCUCUGAGGUCAAACUCCUCAUCACACCUGAGAGAACUGGAUCUGAACGGUAAUAAUCCAGGAGAAUCAGGAGUGAAGCUGCUCUCUGAUCUACUGAAGGAUCCACACUGUAAACUGGAGACACUACACAUUAAGUAUAAGACACUCACCAGGUCUGGUGUAUGACAGGAGUCUCUCCUCAGACCUUUUUUCCAGGAUAAAUCAGUUGUGGUGGUGAAGCGUUAGAACACGUCCCACAUUUCCAGCAGUUUGGGAGCCGAAUCAUUCAUAUUCAGAUGUAGAAGAUCCAUAACAAUAACUGUGACUGAUCACAUCCUUUUAUCCUCUCAGCUACAACUUCACACUUUAACAUCUUUUACAAUCCAGAGUAAAAAAUAAGAACUUAUGAUACUCAAAAUUGCUUCUUCAUAUCUGAUUUUGUCUAUAAAGUCUUCUACAUUUCUUGUACAUACAAUAAAAUCAAUCCUUGUCCUGCAAGUUUUUCACUAAAUCUCUUCUUUUCUUCCUCCGUUUCUCUUUCUCCACACGUCUAUCACAUUGUUUUCACUCAUUAGAUCCUUGAGUUCUUUACUCCGUAUACGAUUUAAAAACCAUCCCAUCUGCCAUAUUGAGUUUACUGAAAACAGUGUUAAAGUCUGCCAUCAUUAUUAUUUCUUUAUACUUCUUUAAAAUACUAUUUUUUUUUUGCACUCUUCCGAUUUUGUUCCUUCCUCUACUUAUUCUUAUGGUUGCAAAGGGGCGGGAAAUUUCCAGUAAAUUUAUGGAAACUUUUAAUGAAAACUUCAUCUGGGGAAUUUUGGAAAUCUAAUACAGAUUUAAAAAUAAGACAGGUGUGUGUGUGUGUGUGUGUGUGUGUGUGUGUGUGUGUGUGUGUGUGUGAUGGUGCUAUAGAAUAAGUUUGAAAAAAGCUUGUAAAAGAUUUAUACAAUUCAAUGCACAGAUAUAGAAAUAAUUAGUUAAAGAAUUGGAAUAUUUUGGAAUGAAAACAUUUUACAAUUGAUGCAAUUAAAGUUAUUAGGGACAAAUUAUAAUACUUUAUGCUUUUGAAAGAAGUAUCUUAUGCUCAUUUAAGCCUGAUUUAUUUGAUCACGAUAAAGAAAAAAACAGUAAUAUUGUGAAAUAUUACAAUUUAAAAUAUAUCUUUUAUGAAGCAAAGUAUCCUAAAUAAAUAUAACAGGUUAAAAAAAUAUGAGGAGCUCAUACUGAAGACUGUUGAAAUAGCUGAUGAAAAUUCAGCUUUGAUCACAGAAAUACAUUCUAUUUUAAAGUAAAUUACAUCAGAAAAUUACAUAAUUACAUUUUACAAACUGUUUUGUUUUGUAUUUUUGAUCAAUUGCAGGCUUGAUGAUCAUAAGAGACUUCUUUCAGAACCAUUAAAAAUUGAUUUAUUUCACUCAAUGUGUACAAACUUUUGAGUAGUUCUGUACUUCUGUAAAAUAACAGAAAACGGACUAGAAGAGAUGACAGAAGAUAAAGAGUAGAACAGCUUAAGCUAGUCUCAUAAAUGUCAAUGAAAUAGUGCUAGCUUACAUUUAGCAUAUGUGGCUGGGCAUUUGGCACUUAGUGGGGCUGUGGUAGCCUAGUGGUUAAGGUUUUGGAUUACCAAUCGCAAGGUUGUGAGUUUGAAUCCCAUGUCCACCAGGUUGCCACAGCUGAACCCUAGAGCAAGAUCCUUUGUAGAACAACGCUCAGUUGUAAAACAAAUGACAUAAAAAUCUAAGUCGCUCUGGUUAAGGUCUUCUGCAAAAUGUAUGCAGAUCUGAUUUUGUAGCUACUGUAUGAACACAUUUUAGUAUUGCUAAAUAAACCUUAAUAAACCUUGCAUGUUUGCAGCCCCA